AGCGUAUGCUCCCAGCCAGAGAACCAGGGAACCGAACGGGCAGAGCAGCUCGGCUCCGUGUUUAUGUUGAGAUGCUCACAACAAAGGACAGCACAUCGCGGAGAGGCUGUCAUUUAAAAGAAAGCACCGUGAUAUUUUGUCGGUGAGCAUUUAUAACUCAUAACUCCAGGAAGAGGAGAACAAAUAACACAAAUUCUCAUCUGCUUCCAUUUUUUUACGGUUUACUUUGAUUUUUUUUUUAAAAGGAAGAACCAGCCAAGAGGGGAGAAAUUAGGACGAAAUAUCCUUUUUUUUAAGCCGGUGGAGCGUUAGCUAGCUUGCUAGCCUCAGCAAGUUGGGGGAAAGCCAGGCAGCAGCUGGUGGAGAAGCUAGCAGCACCUAAGACAACAAAAGGACCACAUCAUUUAUAUCGCAGGCAGGACGAGUGGUGCUGCGAGAGACGGACACAUGAAGCAUGAGAGGGUGGAGCUGAGGCUCAGCUGACCCUUCCCCUUCCUUCUCCUCCUUUCCCCGUGCUCCAUUCGAUCAGCACUUCCCCCCUCCCUUCCCCUCCUUUUCCCUUCCUGUGUCCCUCACCCUGUUGGAUCUCACCCAUCUUGCCUCCCCUCCUCCUCCAAACCUCAAUUAGCCGUGCCCAAUGUACUUCCCGGAGCCGGAAAACAUCUCCACCACCGCCUCCACCAAAGUGCCAGUGAAGUAUGGAGAGCUCAUUGUGCUGGGGUACAAUGGCUCUCUGCCCAACGGGGACCGAGGCCGACGCAAGAGUCGUUUUGCACUUUGUAAGAGACCGAAGGCAAACGGGGUGAAACCCAGCACAGUUCACAUCGCCUGCUCUCCACAGGCAGCCAAGGCCAUAAGCAACAAAGACCAGCACAGCAUUUCUUACACUUUGUCUCGAGCCCAGACGGUGGUGGUGGAGUACACCCAUGACAGCAAUACAGACAUGUUCCAGAUCGGUAGAUCAACAGAGGGUCCCAUAGACUUUGUAGUGACAGACACAGUGGCGGGCAGCCAGAGUAAUGCAGACACCCAGUCGGUCCAGAGCACCAUCUCCCGCUUCGCCUGCCGCAUCAUGUGCCAGCGCACGCCGCCUUACACCGCACGCAUCUAUGCCGCCGGCUUCGACUCCUCCAAGAACAUCUUCCUCGGGGAGAAGGCUGCCAAGUGGAAGACGUUAGAUGGUCAAAUGGACGGGCUGACCACCAACGGCGUGCUGGUGAUGCACCCUCGAAACGGCUUCACCCAGGACUCCAAACCAGGCGUCUGGAGGGAGAUCUCAGUCUGCGGCAACGUCUUCACCCUGCGGGAGACCCGCUCAGCACAGCAGCGGGGAAAGAUGGUGGAGACUGAGAGUCAGGAGCUGGUCGACGGCUCUCUCAUCGACCUAUGCGGUGCGACUCUGCUGUGGCGCACUGCUGAAGGCCUGUCACGCACUCCCACCCUCAAACACCUGGAGGCGCUGCGGCAGGAGAUCAACGCAGCCCGCCCGCAGUGUCCCGUGGGCUUCAAUACGCUGGCCUUCCCCUCCAUGCGUCGCAAGGACACGCCGGACGAGAAGCAGCCCUGGGUCUACCUCCAGUGUGGCCACGUGCACGGGUACCACAACUGGGGCAACCACCGCGAGGAGAUGGAGGGCCGGGAGGGCCGGCAGAGGGAGUGUCCCAUGUGUCGAGCUAAAGGGCCGUACGUGCCGCUGUGGUUGGGCUGCGAGGCGGGGUUUUACGUGGACGCCGCCCCGCCCACUCACGCCUUUAACCCCUGCGGCCAUGUUUGUUCAGACAAGACGGCAGCAUUUUGGAGUCAGAUCCCGCUGCCACACGGCACACACACCUUCCACGCCGCCUGCCCCUUUUGUGCCCAACAGCUGACUGGUGAGCAGGGCUACGUCAGACUUAUCUUCCAGGGGCCCCUCGACUAGCAGGGGCAACUUCCCAGCAUCCCUUGUGUGAAGCAGAGCGGGGAGUUUUUUUGUUAAGACGCUGACCCUUCUAUGAAAACAGGGAGCUACACAGAUUUGUUUUUUUCCCCUCUGCAGUUAAGAUAUAAACUUUUUUCUGGACUUUUUGUCUCUCUCUCAUUUUUAAGUGACCUUUGUAUUGCUUUUUCAUGAAUGACAACAAAGAUUUCUAUAUUUUCAGAGACACAAAAACCAAACAGAACACUGCUGGGUAAACCUUUUGUUUGUUUCUCGGAAAGAACUUUCAACAACAGUAUUUUUCUAAAUUACUAAUAUACUGUAGUGCAAACAUACGGUUUUUAUUCAUGUUUAUUGUUGCAGUAUACAUCUGUGUACAUCUCUUAGAGCUAAUUUAAACAAAGAUGUUUAUUUAUGGCCCAGGAACCAUCGCUUCUUCCUUUAUCUGUCAGAUAUGCCUAACUUCAAUACUAUUUAGCAUUUUAAUUUGAAAAUACAGUAUAUUGUUGAUCAGAUAUAAAGUUCUAGGUGUGUUC